UAUUUCCUCUCGAUCUCCAAACUUGGAUUUUCCUCUGUCACCAAUGGCUUCAACAGCUUCGUUUUCUCUGCUCGGCGGUAAUGUCGGCCUUCAGCGCGCGAGAAAUGCUCACGUCAUCUCAUGCAAAGCGCAGCUUAGAGAACCUUUCCCCCCGCCGCUGCCGUCACGCGCCGUCUGGCGCAGGGAGCUGCUGUUCUCGCUGACGGCGGCGACGGUGGUGACAGCCCGGCAGUCGGAAUCAAUGGCGGGGGAUAUUCCGUUGUUCGGUAUAAGGAAGCAGAUAAGGAAGGCGGAGGAGGAAGCGGUGGAGAUCGUGAAGGAAGGUUUCGAGACGGCGGAGAAGGGGAUAGAAGCGGCGGAGAAAGGGAUAGAGGCGGCGGAGAGAGGAAUACAGACGGCGGAGAGAGGAAUACAGACGGCGGAGAGAGAGAUCGAGACGGCGGUCAGUUUCGGCGGAUUGGCGCAGGCGGGGGCUGUCGCCGCGGCGGAGUUCGUCGGCGUUGUUGUCGCCACGUCAGUCGUCAACGGGAUCUUGGGACCGGAAGCCCAGAAAUCGUAGAAUUCUCUGAGAUUUUCUUUUUGUCCCUCUGAAAAAAUUUGAUCUUUAUGUAUGUUUUCUGCAACUUCCAUUGAACAUUAUCCUUCAUGUUGAUAAACUGGAGAAAAAUUCAAUGUCUCAAAAUUAAAAUCUGGUCUGAAAUUA